UAGGGUUUUAGCAAUUUCUCCGAACGAAUGGCUCUCUCUUCCUCGCUUGCUUUCCGCCGCCUGCUCAGGGCUGCUGCUUCUCCCUUCUCUUCCUCCUCCUCCUCGCUGCCUCGGCGGAGCUUGUCGCCGUUCGCUGCCUACUGCUCUUCGUCGUCUUCCUCCUCCUCCCCCACUCCGCCCAUCUUUCCCUUCGAUGACACCCCCGCCGACCUUCCUCCCCUCACCACGUCUAAUCUGUUUGUCAGCGGACUUUCAAGGUUAACCACUAAUGACAAGCUUCAAGAAGCAUUCUCUCCCUUUGGCCAGCUGCUUGAAGCGAAAGUCAUUACCGAUAGAAUCUCAGGAAGGUCCAAGGGGUUUGGUUUCGUUAAAUAUGCAACCAUAGAAGAGGCGGAGAAGGCGCGCGCCGGGAUGAACGCGAAGUUUCUCGAUGGAUGGGUUAUCUUCGUGGAUCCUGCAAAACCAAGAGAGCCAAGAUCAUACAACCCUCCACAGUCUCAAACUUCUGAAGAUGGUAUCAGAACUAACAAAACUAUUGGUUGGUGUGGUUGAUCAUUUAUACACCCCAUUCGUCAUACCCUUUAUUUCAACGAUUGAAAUAAUUUGAACGAUACAAUCUGUGAGGGAGUCAUUCUCAUUCGUCAUACCCUUUAUUUAGAUCUCAAGUUAGCUCAGUUCUUACAAAAAAAAAAACACACUGUAUGCUACACUUGCUGUUGUAGUUCGUAUAUUUAUCGAUGGUAAAUGAUGACGGUGCUUUGUUGAAUCUGUUCUUGUUAGUUGCUUCAACUGUCACUAUGCCUCGUUCAUUA